AUGCUGCGCAUCCGCCAAAAGCGCCCGUCCAGAGGCGUGACUUUCGCGAAGCUUCAGACACAAGCUUUAAACAGCAAAUCGGCUUCUAUAUCUAAGACCACAGAGGCUGCGAUAACCCAGAAGUCUAAAUCCACAUCGAGACAUUCUCGCAAUGCAUCUGCGACAACUCCCAAUCGCUCAUCGCAACAUCCGUCCGACCAAGCCCCGAAAGUCAGCAACCGGCAACGGCGGCUGGCAUCCCUCUUCAUGGCGCUCAUGGCAUCGAGUUCGCUCCCAAUUGAGACAGAUGCAGAGACACUCGAAGCUGCGCAAAAAGAUAGCAUCGCGCCAAAGGCACCGACAGAUAUCAAGCACAAGCGCAAGGCCAGCACGGAUCGAGUGCAGGAGAUCAGGGCGUCAAGGUGGAAACGAUUCCGAUAUGAGAUGGGCUUAGGGUCGAGGAGAAAGGGCAAGGCGAGAAGGCGUGACGGGAUCGAUUUGGACGAUCUGGUGGAGCUAAGAGGUGAGGAGAGGAGGAAGGGCGACGAUAUGGUUUGA